ACUUAGUAGGACAAAAACAGAGUAUUUGGAAUGUUCAUUUAAAGAUGGAGCUACUACAAAUAAAAUGGUAUCUUUGGAUGGUGAAAUGAUUGUAAAAAGCAAUAGUUUUAAGUACCUAGGAUCGGUAUUACAGAGUAAUGGAGAAAUAGAUGGAGAUGCAUGCAGUAGAAUUAGGGCUGGAUGGAUGAAGUGGAAAGAAGCGAGUGGUGUGUUGUGUGACAGAAAAAUUCCAAUGAAGCUGAAGGGAAAAUUCUAUAAAACAGCCAUAAGACCAGCUAUGAUGUACGGAACUGAAUGUUGGGCAGUGAAAAAGAAAGAGGAACAGCGAAUGCAUGUGGCGGAAAUGAGAAUGCUUAGAUGGAUGAGUGGAGUGACAAAGAAGGAUAAAAUUAGAAAUGAGUAUAUUAGGGGAAGUCUAGGUGUGGCACCAAUUGAUGCCAAAAUGAGAGAGCAUAGGUUAAGAUGGUUUGGUCAUGUUCAACGUCGAGACGUUAACCACCCAAUACGAAGAAUAGCUGAAGUGCAGAUUCCUGGAAGGAGUAGGAGAGGAAGACCAAAGAAGAGCUGGGGGGAGACGAUAAGGCAGGACAUGUUGGUAAAGGGGAUUAAUAUUGAUAUGACUCAGGAUAGAAGUGUGUGGAGAAAUGCAAUUAGGGAAGCCGACCCCGCAUAGGGAUAAGGCACAGAGAAUGAUGAUGGUGUCUCGAGUCUACAAUAACAUGAUCUAUCAUAUUUACUGUCAUUCCAUCUGGGGACUUCCAGGUACCCUUGUGUAUAUCUUUGCGAGCGAAGUAUGUGCUAGCAAUCACCAUGUUAAGUGAUCUUGCUAGGUUUAUUAACCUAUUGCCAUUGUCAUUUGAUUGCUCAUGGAGACUGUGCCUACCUAUUGUGGGUUGGAAUUGCUGUUCUCUUCCAACUUUGGCGUUUAGGUCUCCAUAGAUUAUUUUUAUAUCAUUUUUUGGGCAUGACUGAUAUGCGGACUCUAGUUCAUCAUAAAACUCUUCUUUAGUUUCAUCUUCUUUUUCUUCUGUCGGGGCAUGCGCAUUAAUUAGACUGUAAUUAAAGAAUGUUUAUUAUUCAUAUAUUUAGAAUAUAUGAACUGUUCUAUUUUGAUGUCGUUUGUAUCUCCUUCAUUUGUUUUAACUUUUGCUGUGGAAUCUUUCAUUGUCAUUCCAGUCAGUCUUAUUAAUUUGGCAGGUAUUUCCAUUUUUUUUUUCAUUUCCUCUAAUAGUUGUUGUUGUUGUCUGUAUAUGCUGUUGAAAGCCUAUAGAAAGUCGAUAAAUCGUAUGUGUAAUUAUAUGUCAUGUUCAUAGCUUUUUUCAUUUGUUUGUGAUAGUACAUGUAUUACAUCUAUUGGUGAUCUUCCUUUUCUAAAGCCCUGUUGAUAUGGUCCUAUAUUUUUUCUGUGUAUUGAUUUAGAUGGUUUCUUGUAAUUCUGGUCAAGAUCUUAUAUGUUGUACCUAUUUAGUAACAUAAUUGCUCUGUAGUUGCAGCACUUAGUCGGAUCCCCUUUCUUAAAGAUUGGUGUGAUAUGUUCGUUUUUCCGUUUUAUGGACAUGCUUUUCUUCCAAAUUGUGCAAUUGGAAGGAUGUUAAUUGUAACCAUUAACUUGCAUUUGCUUCGUGAGCUCCUCUCCUCUGUUGUUGAUGAUAUAUGGCCCUGGCGUUUUGUUACUUUUAGUUGCCAUGAAUUCCUGAAGUCUUCUUCUUCAUCUCAAUUAUCUGCACAUUAUAUUUGGUGUAUUUUUCUGUUGAAAUUCGCACAGUGUGAUAGUGGUAAAGUGUUAUCUAAAUAAAUCCCUCUUGUUCCAUUGGUUAAAUGCACAUCUUAGGUGUUUGUUUAUUAUCGUUUUUCUGAAUAGCUUAUAUAAGUAAAUGAGAUAAUAGUAUAAAGGAAUAUAGACACAUAUAUCAGUCUCGUCUAUAUUCCUUGCUUAUAAUUUAGGAGUAUUCGUAAU